UUUGUCUGGUCCUCGCUGGGUCUGACUGCCAUGGCCUUCGUUACUGGAGCCCUGGGAAUGUGGGUACCUCUGUUUCUUUACAGGGCUCAGGUUAUCCAGGGCAUUGUAUCACCAUGCCUCCAAGAACCAUGCAAUUCAUCUAACAGCCUAAUAUUUGGAGGCAUCACCAUUGGGACAGGAAUCUUGGGUGUCAUUGCUGGGGCAGAAGCUGCAAGAAGAUUAAGGAAAAUAAACAAUAAAGCUGAUCCUCUGAUCUGUGCCACAAGCAUGUUCAUUUCUGCUCCGUGCCUCUACAUAGCUCUGAUGGUGGCCCAGACGAACAUCCUUUCCACUUUUAUUUUUAUUGCAUUUGGAGAAGUGUUUUUAUCUGUAAACUGGGCUGUUGUGACAGACAUACUGUUGUAUGUUGUGACACCAAGACGGCAGUCAACAGCUAUUGCCCUGCAGAUUUUGGUGAGCCAUUUGCUGGGAGAUGCAGGCAGCCCAUAUCUCAUUGGGACUAUCUCCAGUGCUAUCCAGGCCAAGAAUGCUCACUCAUUCCAGUGGAGUUUCUGGAGCAUGCAGUACAGCUUCAUCGUGUGUGCUUUUGUUGGUGUUUUUGGAGGAGGUUGUUUCCUUCUGACAUCUUUCUACAUUGAGGAAGAUCGUAAGGAAGCAGAGAGGCGUUGAGGUUUCUAUAUGUCUUUAUAACUUUUAAACCUGUAUCUGAUUGCUUUCCUGUUUGUACACUAGCCAUGAUAUUGGCUCUGUAAAGUUAAAACAGAAAUGUCUGCAUUAUGUUAAUAC